GGUGCAGCCGAGCAGACUUGGUUUGCAGACCAGGUCAAUUGUUGGUACUUUAAUUUGUUGCCAUAUGUUGAAAGGGUGUACGCAGAGGUCAAUUCUUGGAUCAAAUGACACCUUGUUCCCCUCCCACAGACACCCUACAAACAUGCAUUAGCACAUGAUGCUUUGCUCUUAAAACCUUGUACUAAUUUCACAGACAAGAAGAAACUUCAAGAAUUUCAAAAAUUAUAUGCAGAUCAAUGGCUCAACUGGAUCGAAAAUCGAAUCCCAACUCUCCAGCUUUUGAUCGACAUUUACAAGGUGAUGAAAGGGUGUCGAGUCCAUUUGCGUCCCCAAAGUGUUAUGAUCUAGAAGAAGCUUUCCCCAACCAGCAAAGUAGCAAGAAAUCUGUUCUUACAAAAGUGAAAGAAAGGGCAAGGAAGCUGCGGCAUAGUCUUAGUAGCAACAGCAGGAAGAAGCAUGAUAAUCAGGGUCAUGGCGAAGUGAGCACACCGACAUGGGGUGUGACCUUAGAGGACGAGGAUGAGGACGAUGAAGAUGAAGAUCCAGAAUAUCUUGGAGCUCCAAUGUAUGAAUCAGAACUGGCACCUGAUUCCUAUAAAGAAACUGCACGACAACACCCCCGAGCAGAUCUGUUGUUUUCUGAGAGGAAUGCUUCACCCCAAUGCAUAAAACAUGGGCAAGAAUUCGAAAUCGAGAAUGGAAAAGAAAGGUCUGAUAGCUCCAAUGUGGCAGAAAUCUCAGGUGCAACUCAGCCCAUUGAUUCUAAGUUUUUAGGUCUGACUAUUAGGAACACGAGGGUGCAGUCAUCGAGAGAACAGAGAACCGGGGAGAAUUCUGAUCAUGGCUUGGCGUUAUUUGGGCAGUAUGCAGAGGGAAGAAAAUAUGAGCUACAGCAGCAAGGGAUAAUCACCCCAACAAAAUGGGAUAAAGGGGUAUCAGUGAAGGAGUACUUCAUGAACAAGCUUGAGCCCGGGGAAGACGAAAAAGCACUCUCGAAGGUGAUCUCUGAGGCCAUGAGCCCCAGAAGAGCUCCGGGAGAAAGGGGAGUGGUGGAGAAAGUGAAGGAGGUUGUCUCUUCAUUUCUCCGGCCUCAAGAACCCUCUUCUGAUUCCAAUCCAUCAUCAUCAUCUUUCGCCAGUACAAACCCCUCGCUUUCCAGAGUUAGAACCUCCACCAGCAACACAACUUCAUCACCCAAAGCUUCCACUGGAAACUCAUCUCCAAUCAUUCCUGUAUCUACCAACGCUGAUGAAGUGUUUGAUGAAAGGGUUCAUGCAAGGAUACCCCAAACAAACUGAUCAAGACAGUACUUUGAUUGUAACUACAGCAGGGAGUGAAUUAUUUGGAUUCAGUGUAAAAAAUAGGAAGAAAUCAUCUGCUACCUCUCUCAGUUUUUAUGGACCCUCUCUUUUUUCCUUUAAAUUAUAUACAUAGCUUUGUAAAUGUAUGCCACCAAUAAAUUAUUUCACCAGUAGUUUUGGCUGAAAGAAUUUCUAUUAGUUGUUUCUCUAUCUUCCUUUCUACAGAACUGUUAGCAUUUUAUAGGUAAGAUGUAUUGGCCCCAAAGGCCCUUUUAUUGGCUGAAGGG